AUGCGUCUCUCGUGGCUGAUAACGUUACCGGCGGUGUUGUCGGUGGCAUCGGCUUUGAUGGUUGAGAAACGUGAUGCGGAUUUCCUAAGUGUACGGACAAAACAGCGGAAGGAUAUGAGUGGCAAACGGGGGGAUAGAAAGGAUAAAUAUUUUCACGAAAGCACGUUCCACCCUCAUUACGAUGGAAGAUUCGCCGAGAAGCAGUUACCAUAUCAUGAGCGGAGAGUAGCAUUAUCAAAUCUCAUCCAGACCUACCUAGCAACAAUGAACGACUUAGGAGUAGAAACAUGGUUAAUGCACGGCACUCUCCUCGGCUGGUGGUGGAAUCGAAAAAUUCUGCCCUGGGACUCGGAUUCCGACGUCCAGAUGUCUGAGAAGUCGAUGACAUAUCUAGCCACCUUUUACAACAUGACCGUCUUUCACUAUAAGACGCCUAGAAUUCCAGAUGGAAGAGAUUACAUGCUUGAGAUAAAUCCGCAUUACGUAAACCGGGAACAAACUGACAAGAUGAACGUUAUCGACGCAAGAUGGAUUGAUACAUCCAGUGGUUUAUUCAUUGACAUGACCACGGCACGAUACAACUACACACAUCCAGCGGGCGAAGGAAUGUUGUCUUGUAAAGACGGACAUGAAUAUCGAGACACAUACAUAUUUCCACUCCGCGACACAUAUUUUGAGGGUACGCCCGCCAAGAUCCCUUUUGCGUACAAGGAAGUCCUCGAAGCCGAGUACGGACCGAAAUCUUUGACUCUUAAGGAUUAUGCGGAUCAUCGAUUCGACGACCAGAAGCUGGAAUGGAUUCCUAUGCCGAAACCGCUGAAGAAACCAGAGGAUCAGAAAGUUAUCACUCCGCCGAAGAAGGUUGAAGAGAAGAAAGUGGAGGUGAAGAAGCCGGAGGAGAAGAAGCCAGAAGAGAAGAAGCCAGAAGAGAAGAAGCCAGAAGAGAAGAAGCCAGAAGAGAAGAAGCCAGAAGAGAAGAAGCCAGAAGAGAAGAAGCCGGAGGUCAAGAAGGCCGAAGAGAAGAAGGUCGAGGAGAAGAAACCCGAACAGGCCGCCCAAAAAGAGGCUCAAACAACACUAGCGACGAAAACUCGAGCUGCUAUCCUGAAAGUACGAGAAUCGUCACCUCCGACCGUAAACCCACCUUCUCCGCCACCUAAGAUAUAA